AUGCGAUCUGUGACAGAGUUCUCCCAUUAUGGCAGGAUUGGUUUCUACGACGCUCCUACUCUGAGUAAACGGCCGAAGCGAAAGGCUCCUUUGGGCCACUUUAAGCCAUGGGCUAUUCGAGGACGGGAAUCGAAGCGGCUAGCACCUGACGAGCAGAAGGUUGUCAGGGGUAUCAACGCUGGUGAGUAG